CAUCUGCGGCGGCGGUGGCAGCUGGCAACGCGCUCAUGGUUUAUAUAACGAGCGGCGCCGCGCGGGAGGCAGACUGCUCCAUUCCCUGCCUGGACGCGGCUGGACGAGGCUCUCAACUCCCUGACGCCCCUGCUACAGCACCCUUACAUAAGUCACCAAGAUGUCUCCCCGUCUGAGCACUGUGCUGAUCCUGGCUGUGGUGGUGCUGGCCGCUCUUGGGACCACGUCAGCUAAGCCCCUUGGUGAGCAGGACCCUUCUGCAGGAGGUCCCCCAGCCUUCACCGCCCGCGAGGCCCAGGUAUAUGAGCCUUACGGGAACAAUCUUGAGGAGGAUGGCUCGCUGGACGCUGCUCUUAUCAACUACCUCUUCGCUAAGCAGUUGGUGCAGAGACUUCGAAGCCCAAGCGAGGUGAGCCGUGAGAGCCAGCGUAAGAGGUCCUAUUGGAAGCAGUGCGCAUUCAACGCCGUUAGCUGCUUCGGCAAGAGGAAGUAAACAGGGACGAGAAACUGUAACAUCUACCACCACCACCACCACCACCACUAUUACCACCACUACUUCUACUAUUUCUGCGUCUGUUACUGCUUCUCUCGCCGCGCUACUGUAUUCUCAAGCGUGUCACUCUCUCUUCGUGGCUUGUUUCAGCAGGCUUCACUGGAUUGAUUGUCUUUCUGUUUGUCUAAAGGUUUUGUAAGAUGUUUUUCGGUGAUUUCUUCUGUGAUUUUCGUGAUUUGGUAAAGUUUUCGCGCGGUUAGUGGAUGAAACGCCCACGAGAACCAGUCUAGUCACCUCACUACCGCUACUACUUGUACGGCUGCUAAGUUAUCAAAUGUUUCAAGAUGUCUGGUAAGGUUUCCGCCUCGUUUUAGUGGCUUAAGCACUCAAGAACCUUCUAUUACUACUCCUGUUAUCUGUCUCCUUCUUGUCUUUACUUUUUACACGAUCGAAUUGAUUUUUUGUGCGUUUCAAAGCAUUUUUUCCCGAUCCGAGUGGGAGUUUGGUGAGAGUUUUGUGUAAUUAGCAAUGAAACACCCACGAGAGCAUGUCUAGCCACCCACUCCGACUAUUACAGCUUAUCAUAUGUUACGCUGUCCUUUCUCCACUUCAUCAAGCUCCGGUGGAUGCUGUUCCGGCUUUCAAGGUUGUUUUUAUGGUUCCAAUGUGAAUGUAAUUAGGGAGUGUACAUCAUAGCGAAUAAAGCACACGAACACCCGACUGAUUAUCCUUGUGGUCUCUGAAAACUGCCCUAAUAAAGCAAAGCAGUGUGGAAUAUGAGUGUCCAUACCUUAUUUUGAAACACUCCUGGCUGCAUCUGUUUCAAAAUAGUCUAGUUGAAGUUACGUUAUUUAAGGACUGUUUUAUGAUUCUAUUUUUCAGAUUAACAAGGUUUUUACAUUAUUAGCAGGUAAAACAAUCUUGAGAGCUCGGCUAGUCAUCUCUGCAACCUCUGAGACAAGUCCUGAUGAGAGAGCAUUGAGCAUUGUUUGUGAAUGCUGAUCUUUUCUGUCACCAUUUCCUACCAUAUCAUGCAUGCUCUAUAUUCUCUUCUCCCUCUCUCUCUUUCCCUCUCUCUCUCUCUCCUUCCUUCUCUCUCUUCCUCACCCACCGUCAAAGUAUUAUGUAUUAUUAUUACUAUCAACUGUACUACCAAGCGCCAACGCCACCGGUACUGUGAAGGUAUAAUGCGGUUGCCCACUAACCCACCACCCGUCUAAUGCUUUGGGGGUUAGUGGUGUUACAAAUACAAUUCCAAUACUAUGAUGUGAUUUAGAAGUGUAAUCUGUUAGGCUGUUACACCUACUUAUACUACCAACUCUACUACUACUACUAUACUACUACUACUACUACUGCUACUAUUACUACUACUGCUACUGUUACUAUUACUGCUUCUACGAGGUCUCACAAGUAGGCCAAAGUGCACAGGUAGUUACAGGUAAAUAGAAGAGAUUAGGGCAGGUGAUAUAGACAGGUGGACAGGUGAUGUGUGACUAAUUACCUGAGUGGGAUUAAAAUUCUCAGUUGGUCGAAGUGAAAAAAAAUUAUAAAUAAAGAUUAGUAAAUAUGUUG